CAUGACGACAUUUUCCACAGGAAGCCAAAGGUUCAAGAGGAGAGGGAGAUAUGCUGCAGACACUGUGGUAAACCAGCCCUGGAAAACCCCUGGAGGCCAACGACUGGGUCAUCAACCUCAGGUUCUGGGGAAAUGGCGCUGAGGUGUAAAUUCUGUGGCCGAGGUGGACGGGACAGGCGAUCUCUGCGCUCACUCAGGAGGGGUGUUGGAGCAGAGAAGCCUUACCAGUGCAAACAGUGUAGCAAGAGGUUCAGCCUUAAACACCAGCUGGACACACAUCACCGGGUCCACACAGGUGAAAAACCAUUCGAGUGUCGGCUGUGUGGCCAGCGUUCACGUGACUAUUCGGCUAUGAUCAAGCAUCUGCGUACUCACGGUGGCGCCACUCCUUACCAGUGCACCCUGUGUCUGGAGUUCUGUAGCAGCCUGGCAGCCAUGCAGAAACACCUGAAGAAUCACCCCACGCAGGACUUCCCUCCAGACUGGAGCCUGAGCAGCACGUACCUGUACAACUGCCACACCUGAGCCCUGCGCGAUAAAGCAUGUAGAUAUGGAAAAUUUUAUACAGAUUUGAUAUUUUGAAUACUUUUAUUAAUCUAUUUUGAAGCCAUUACUAAUAUGAUUAUAUAUUUAAUAUACAUACAAAGGGCAUUUAUGUCAGUUGAUUUUUGUUUUCGUUGAAGACGUCUUGGGUGAACACUUCACUCACCAAUUAAGAUGAAGUAGACAGUAAUUUGCCAAUGCUUAUAACUUUCUCUGUGAAAUAUCAUCACAAUAGCAUAAAAAAUAUUUGUUUGUUUAUUUAUUGAGAUGGUCAAAUCUGUACCAUUUAUAUAAGCACUCACUAUGUGAUCUA